CGCAUCCUCAUCGACCAGCACAAUGCCUAAAUCCAAGCGCGCGAAGGUUAUUCACUUGACCAAGGUCGAUAAGAAGGGCAAGGAAUUAUCCCUCAAGCUCUUUUCCAACAUCCGAGAAUGUCUCGACCAGUACCAACUCUGCUUCGUAUUCUCCGUCGAGAAUAUGCGCAAUACGUACCUGAAGGAUGUGAGGACUGAAUUUUCAGAUAGCCGACUCUUCUUCGGCAAGACGAAAGUCAUGGCCAAAGCCCUGGGCACCAGCCCUGAAGACGAAUAUCAGCCCUCCACACAUCUCCUCUCCAAACACCUCGUCGGGAAUGUAGGCCUCUUGUUCACCAAUCGCGAGGCCAGCGCCGUCAUUGAGUACUUCAAAAAUUUCUCUAAGACCGAUUUUGCGCGCGCGGGCACUCCCGCUACAAGAUCGUUUACUGUCCCAGCAGGCCUGGUCUAUUCGAUGGGAGGGGAGAUUCCCGCUGAAGAUGAUGUGCCCAUGGCGCACAGCUUGGAGCCCGAGUUGAGAAAGUUGAACAUGCCGACCACGUUGACCAAGGGGAAGAUCUCGUUAGAGAAUCCAUACACAGUUUGUAAGGAGGGAGAGAUCUUGGACAGUAGGCAAACCAGAUUAUUGAAGUUAUUCGGAGUGGCCACUGCGGAUUUCACAGUACAAUUACUAGCUUACUGGAGCGCUGCAACCAACGAAGUGAAGGAGUUGGAGUCGAAGGAAGAGUAA